AAUUCAUAAAAUUAUAAGCAAAAGCUAUCUAUUGGAACAUUGACAUCAAAAGAUGACCAAUAAAAAAUUAGAAAAAAAAAAUCUAAUAAAAGUCAUUGCAGGCGUGUACACUCAAAUUCUGCCCUUCCAUCUGAGUUCUAACCAUCCCAACGAAGAAACCAAAGCAAGAAGGUGUUGAGACUAGGAUUUGGCUUGGGCUUGGACGGAAAUGGAUAUUUGGAACAAGGCGCGAAACUUCGCGGAGGAAGCAGCCAAACGUUCGUCGGAGCUAACAAAGGAAGCUGCUAGGCGAUCGUCGGAUCUGACCAUUGGGUCCACCAAACUCGUUGAUAUAGUAAACGAGGCUGCGAAACGGUCGAAGGAGAUCGCGGUUGAGGCGUCGAAACGAGCUGACCAGAUCAGAGCCGAAGCCACGAGGCGAACCGGCCUCUUCAAGUCGUCGCUCGCCGAAGGGAUCGCGCCGCCACAAAACACGGAGACGCAGGUGGAGCAAGAGAAGGAACUGGAGAGGUUUGGAAUUAAUGAAGAAUUAAGAGAUUUUGUCAAAGGGAUAACUUUGAGCACCUUUCAGGAUUUUCCUUUUCCUGACGAUUCGCCCAUGUCUGAUGUUCCCAUAGUCUCAAAUGUAAGGCAAGAUCUUACGGAGUGGCAAGAAAAACAUGCCAAUCUUGUACUUUCAACAGUUGAGGAAAUUUCGAAGUUAAGAUAUGAGUUGUGCCCACGUGUUAUGAAAGAAAGGAAAUUCUGGAGGAUAUACUUUAUACUAGUAAACAGUCAUGUUGCCCCUUAUAGGUACGAGAAGCGAUACACGGAAGACAUUGAGCAAAAAUCUGUAGAACAAGUCAUAGAUGAAAAAGUGAAGGAAUCUUCAAAUGUUGAAAUGACUUCUAACUCACAAGCAAAGGAAACCAAACAGCAUAGUAAAUAUUCAACCUCAUCUACUGAACAAGACCUGGAUGCAUUUCUUUUGGGUGGUGACAGUGAUGAAGGCCCUGAUGACACAGAUGAGGUUUUUGAUGAUGAUUUUGAUAAAAUGGUGGACAGUUCGGAUGAUGAGAAGGACAAAUCAUAGAAGAUCCAGAAACUGGUCCCAACAUGGUGAAUCAUUGCUAUCAGAUCAGAAGGAGGAAGUCUCCAUGUUGCUAGUUAAAGCAUUUUCCGUAGAACAAAGAACUAGCAGGUAAUUCAUAGCUCUCUGUCUAUAUAAGAAAACAUCGGUGUUUCUUUUUCUGUCACAUUCUUUCUCUUUUGGUAAGG